AGGUAAGUUGCAGGUUCUUUCUGCAGUUUCUGAUUCUACAUUUUUAGCAGUUCCUUUGCAUUCUACUGUCGCUCUCUCUCCGAUUCUGUUUCCUGCACCUGUUUCCUCUCCGAUUUACGACGCGGUCUUUUUGUAGUGCCGACGUUUCAGCAUGCCACGCCAGAAUGGUAAGGAUCCGGCGGACUCGUCCAAUUCCGCCAGACAAGGUCACAACACGAAGAGUUUCGACUCGCCGUUCAAGGUUGAUCCGACAACCGACGGCAAGAGAGACGACCCCGUCUGGCAUUUCAUCGCACGAGGUCGUUAUUUGGAUGGGUCCACUGCGGCGGGUAGAAAGAGUGGUCGUCGCUGCAUGUGCAGGUUGUGCGGCCGUUCGAUGUGCAGGGGCGCUAAGGCCGCCAAGGAACACUUUUCAAAGAGCGAGAAUUUUCGAUGUGAGGUGGCCACUCCUGCAGUGUGGUAUGCCAUCUGGUCAAAGGACAUGACAAAAUGUACGAAGGAGUUCGUAUCGGCUAUCGAGGCAUUGCAGAGCUUAUCUCACGGUCAUCCGAACUUCCAGUGGCCACCGCUACGAUACCCCGAGCACUCAGUGCCGCCCCUCGAUUCCGCCACUGCCCCCUUGGAGACGGUGCCUUCGUCUAGUCCAGCCGUUCGAGUCACAGUUGUGGCCGCCGGCCACAUUGCUAUGAUGGGCAAACUGGAGCCUUCGCGCGUGGCUGCAGAUGCUCGACAGCCUGCUUCCCUAGUUGGGGAACAGGCAAUGCCCGGGCUGGGUGCUUCUGAGGUCCCCAUUCCGGUGUCUGAUUCGUCGCCAACCCCGCUUCCACCGACGACAGGUGUUGCUUCAGCUGCUCCACAUGUACUUACCGGUUCAUUGGAUCCUUUGUACCGCAUGCGCGACAUUGCAGCGGCCCAGAGCGCGACACCUGAGAGUCCUGGUGGGUUGUUGGAUGUCGGGAUCCUUGGCGGGCCAGCCACGACGGGACGUGGCCGGGGCACCUUUCGCCAACAGGCUGUCACGUCGUAUUAUUCGGACCCUUUGGAGCACGCGUGGCAUUUGCAGAUCAUGCGCUUCAUCGUCGAGAGUGGGAUGACGUUCAACUGCGUUAAGCUUGAAAGCUUCAAACGCAUGUUCGCGAUGAUCAUCCCGCCGCGGGUUCCAGGGGCGCCCACGCCCAAAGUACCCACGUACCACAUGGUGCGCACAUCCCUUUUGGAUGAGCUGGAUGCAGAGGUCCAAAAGUGUGUUCGGCCACUUCUUGACACGGCGAGAGAGUUUGGUUGCACAAUCAUGACCGACGGUUGGACCAACAUUAGGGGUCAGACAUUGUGCAACUACCUUGUCGGGACAAAUUUGGGGGCAGCUUAUGUGGCCACCGACGUCAUGCACGGGAAGAAGGACGCCACUGCCCUUGCGACCGYGUGGCUGAAGAGGGUGAAGUCCAYGGACRUGGACUUGAGCGACAUCACAGCGUUCGUGACGGACUCCGCCGGGGUGAACGUCGCAGCGAUGGAGGUUUUCCAGAAGGACGAGAGCGUCAAACACAUCUUCUGGAUUUCAUGCGUCGCUCAUGUGAUGGACCUCAUUCUCGAGGACAUCGGCGGGAUUGAUUGGGUGGCCACCCGCAUCGCGCUUGUGGACCUCCGGGGAGAGCUCACGCAGCUUGUUGGCGACGACCGGUGGCGUGAGACUGUCUGGUCGACCAGCAAGAUCCGCAAGGACGCCGCAGAGGUCACUGCCUGUAUCGGGUCUCCUCCAUGGUGGGAGGAUUUGAGAGCUUUGUGCAAGAUGCUGGAGCCUAUCAUGGAUAUGUUGAGGCUAGUCGAUAGUGACACACGCCAGAUAAGCAAGAUUUUGCGUCGUUACGAGAUUAUGAUCGCAUCUUGCUUGUCUGCGUGCCGCGACCUCGAUCGGGAGCAGCAGGACCCUAUUUUGGAGGUGUUCGACAGGCGGCGCACCAUGUUCCGGACACCCGCCCACACAGCAGCCAUGUUGCUGGAUCUCGAGUUCCAGAACGACGACCAGGAGGUGCAACAGGGAUUGAUCGAAGCCCUGGUCCAGUUCGGCUAUCCAGAGGGAUCGGUGCAGCACGAGGAGGUCCUUAAGGCGGUAUUCAAGUUCCACACAAAGGAGCCUCCUUUCGAUGAUAUCAACAUGCGGCGAUCGUUGGCAUGCUACAGCCACCCUGCCAGUUUUUGGUCCGCGAAGAGUGCGAAGUACCCUCACACGACGUUCUUUGCCGAUAGGAUCCUUCGCAUCUGGGCGACAGCAUCACCAUGCGAGAGAGCAUGGUCUCGAUGGAGCUUCAUUCAUUCGAAGUCACGCAACAGGUUGGAGGUUGCUCGAGCCGAGAAGCUCGUGCGGGGCGGGGCAGGUGGACGUGGCGGGCGUGGGCGAGCAGGUUUCGGAGGGACGAGGCAUGGUGGCAGGACUGUUGCAUCCGGGACUCGUCAACAGCGGGCGGACGGUUUCAUCCGCAAGGCCCGCCAGCGUUGGGACGAGGGAGACUUCUUGUUCGACAGCUCAUCCAGCGACGACGAGGAUUUCUUUGCGUUGGGCACGCCCGCGCCUACGGACGAUGAGAGAGGCGACGACGACGACAAAGGUGAUGGCGGAGGUGGUGUCGGAGGAGGUGGCAGAGGAGGUGGCGGAGGAGGUGGCGGAGGAGGUCGCGGCGGAGGUGGUGGCGGCGGAGGAGGUGGCGGAGGAGGUGGCGGAGGCGAUGACAAAGGUGGCGGAGGCGACGACAGAGGUGCCAGAGGAGGUGGCGGAGGAGGUGACGGAGGUGGUCGCGGAGGAGGUGGCGGAGGAGGUGGCGGAGACGACGACAGAGGUGCCGGAGGAGGUGCCGGAGGAGGUGGCGGCAACGAGGGAGGUGACGACAGAGGUCACAGAGGAGGUGGCGGCGACGCGAGAGGUGACGACAGAGUUGAGGGGUGUGAGGGUGACUUUCCUGUGCGUGGUCGUGGGUUCUUCUUGAAGCGGUUGAGACAUGGUCCCAAGCAGGAUAACAGCAUCGGCUCUCGUGUGCGCAGGCGUCGUCUUGAGACUCUUCACGAUGUGACCGCCACGGACGCACAUGUUGCGCAGCACGAGCAGGUUCUCGUAUCUGAGGACUCCCUGGGCAACACAUCGGACAAGGACUUCAUUCCUCAGACUUCCGACGUGAGGGGCACUGACUCCGUUGAGCAUCAACCCGGUUUCGUAGAGGGCCCGACCAAGUCUGCAGCGGCGAUUUCAGCGCAGGAGGAGAGUGGAGCAGGGUUGACUUGUCCCGAGCUUGCGGCGCCCAUUGCAGAUAUUGUGAUCGCACAGGAGUCCCAUCGCCAUCUGACACAACCCACGGUCGCGGUUCAUGCGGAAGCUCGAGGAGGGGCAGCCAGUGAUGGGCAGACAAUUCCCGACGGURCAGGGAAUGUGCCACCUCCUUCCACCRUCGUCURCACGGGCGCCCACGGGGCACCCAGCGUCGCGGUCCCCUCCAUAGGCGAGGUAGCACAUCCUCCCACGRCUGACRUUGGAUUGGAGGACGGAGAGGUAGCACAUYCUCCCACGGUUGACACUGGUUUGGAGGACGGAGAGGUUGCACGUACUCCYAGUUGUGCCCAUGAGGGAGAGGUUGCACGUCCUGYCACGGUCAACCAYGUUGGCCUCGCCURCCCCGCUGACAGUCUUCCGCCCACUGCGGAGUUGCUCGCCAUGGACUCGGCRUUGUUUGAUCUUCCURAUGUAUCGACUUUGAUUUCUCCCACUUURGCAUUUGUGGCACCACCAGCGACUGGUCGAGCGGAUGACGCGGAUGGAGUGCGUAGAGGAUUCGACGAGUUCGYYGGCGACACGAUAUUGCAUCCCRCASUCUCCGCCACUCCCGCCGUUUUUCAUGUUGGGGCACCGCACGCGGUGGACCAGGGUUUGGCKCARCAGGUGGCACRGAACCGCYGUGGCGGCCCUCGCGUCGCGGYGCRACGCAGUUUGGGAGAUUCAUUUGAGAGAUUGGAUGCAGAGUAUGCGGCGCAGRAGGGUCAUUGUGCACAGGAUUCCGCACSCGAUGGGUCAUCAUUCCCGRYAGUCUMUCAGGAAGACCCRCACYCAGRCCCGCCACGUUCGRUGCAGGAGACRGCUCMCGACRUURUYGCCGCSGACGUGGACGAGGAAAUGCGCAGGGAUGGUACCGUGCGCGUCGCAGCRCAACGCAGUCUGGCACRGACAUUGACCACAGAUGGUAGCGUGCCUGCUCGCAGCACUGGGUCGCACUACGAGCAUAGAGGGUCAUCGGCCGCACAGCCUAUCGCUGAGGGGGCCAUCGCACGUGGUGUCGAAGGCGAGCAUAGGGGUCACGCGCCUCCGCACCCCSAUGGCGCAGACCYURUCGUCCACGGUGUGGYGGYGAGCACCGCAUUGYCGACSGUGUCGUUCUACGACGGCGUGACCAGGGAACGGAGGGCGGGCGAUGAGGGACAUGCAUCAGMAUGCGGACUGACAGAUGUGCGUGCGGGGAUGCGAUCCAUAGGCCGCGUCGAUGGUGGUUGUCACGGCUCCAUGAGAGCAUACGAGGAGCGACAUGGGAGGCCUUUGCGGGCCAAGACAACGGAUGUCCAUGACACGAGGACGGCGACCGCGAGGUUAUCCCGGGCGAGGAAGAAGGGGACAGUAGCAGCAGCACCUACUCGAGCUGCUGCUGCAGCACCACGAGUUGCCACUACAGCAGCACUUGCAGCAUCACCUGCUGUAGCAACUGCAGUAACCUAUAAUGACGCAGCUGGUGCUGCUGCAGCAGCAACUCCUGGAGCUGCCACUACAGCAGCACUCGCAGCAUCACCUGCUGUAGCUGCUAAAACAGCACAUAUUGCAGAUGCCGCAGCUGCUGCUUCAGCAACACCUCUUGCAGUUGCAGCAUCUGGUCUGGCAGAACGUGCUGCAGAUGCUGCAGCAGGCCCUGCUGCAUCCAGUGCGGCCGCCAAAGUUGCAGGGUACCCCCGGGGCCGCACCCACCAACCCCCUCAAACUCACUAGGGCCCCCAGU